AACAGCUGGUUUCCGUCCUUUUCAUAUUAGUCUCCAGUCCCACUGCGGGUAAUGAAAACUCUUCUCAACAAAGGCCUCGGCACGAGCGCGCGACCCGCCUGAUGCUAAGCUGGAGAUCACGGUGCCGCCGCGUGACCCUAAUCUGCAUAAUUACAUUAAGGGUGCUAAAACCGCGCUGCUAGCGGCACGGUCCAAACAAACAGAGGGAGAGCUGCAACAUUGUUCUUAAGGCCAGAGAAGAUAUGAUUCAGCAAAAAUUCAGACAAGACCUGUUAAUCAAAUCCGAACCUGCGCAACAAGAGGAAAUAUUAACCACCCAUGAUAAAAAUGCCAUGUUCCAUCUGACUGGUCAGAGCAUCAAACGGGCAACUAAAAACAGCCUCCAUUCCAAUACACCUGGCGUCCAUAUGUCAGGCUCACAUGGACAAGAGUCACUGGGUCAGCUUAUGGCAUCUUCACUGACCCAGGAGGGCAUGGCACAGCUGGGUUCACUGGUGCUUAAGUCUCCCAGGCAUGACUUGGAGAGGCUGGCUGAGGACCAGACACCCAGGCGGCCCCUCAAGCUCACCCCUCUGGAUCUCCCAGAGGAGGUAAGAGAGGCACAGAGGAAAAAACUUCACUUGAUCCAACAAGACGCCAAACUUGGCGACUGUAAGUUCGACAUGAUGCUGAAGGAGAACAUCAUGAGGAAGCUAAAACCGAUUAUGAGGCAGAAGAUUGUGAAAGCAGUUGUGGGUCCUUCUCCUUCAACCAUGCCAGUCGUAACUCAAGUACAAGAGAAAUCCCAUAGACCGCAGCUGACACGCUCUAACCCCGUAGAAAAGAGUGGAGAGAAGCAAUUGCGAGACAUCACACGUCGAGGAAUCCCAGCAUCCCUCUCCGGCAAGCCUGCCCCUCCUCUACCUGCUGCCAGAAUCAAGGCUCAGGCCGCAUGCGGUGGAGAGGCGUCACACAAGAACCCAAGUGCCCUCCAGUUCGAGGUAGAGAGAAGGCGGCCGAGGCUGAGAAGAGAACAACGCCUCGAAGAGGAUCAGUGCCAAGCCAACAUGUCAACCGGGGGAUUAUGCACAGAUGGAGGCAAGCUUGCCCAAGGUGUCCGAGGCAAAGGGCAGCAGGCGGAGUGGGCUUGUAGAGGCCAAUCGCAUGCUGGAGAGAACAUCAAAGAUCCCUGCACUCCCGCAACCUCACGCGAACAGGGAAGUGCCAAGAAGGGCCACCGAGAGGGAGGCGGGAAGCAAUCCGUGAGAUACAUCUUGAACAGACAGUCGGACGAAGGUGGAAACAGGGAAGCAAUUCCCGAAAGCUGGAAGGCAAAGAGGAAAAUUCCCUUGAUCAUGAACCAGAACAAUGCCUUCCCUGUGGAGGUUCUGUAAGUGUAAUGAAAGUUCAGCUUGGAAGUUGCCAAUUCCUCAGAUGGCGAAUCAAAUAUUUUGUUCAGAUGACAGUUUAUCAUGUUCCAAACUUUAAUACAGAAAGUAAAUAGUAGUGAGAGACACAUAUGCCAGGUUUGCUUUAAGUUAUGCAUAGUCCUGUUUGCAAAGCCUCUGUUGACGAGACUGACUUAAUUAGCUUAGGCAGCCCUGGCACGGAGCGAGGCUUAUGAUACAUCACACAGGGUGUGAUACAGCAGCGAUCCAACAGAAUGACACAGCAGAGAUUUUACUCCAAGGAGGAAAAAAACAUCCAGAGGGGUAGGAUCUGAACCGUGGAGAUACUGAGGAUGUUGACUGACUGACCUAAAAUUUUGGAGUAUUUUUUUUAAACUGGAAAUGGCAUGAUUAAUAUAUUUUUAACAGGGUAAGAGUGUCAAAAAUAUAUAACCCAAAUGUAUAUUGAUUUUUACUUUUUGAAAAAAUAAAAAUACACUAAAACUGCAAA